AUGCCAGUGUUCAGAGCAGACUCUGAUGAGUUAGAUGCUUAUAUUCUAAGGUUCGAGCGUCAUGCAAAUUUGCAGAAAUGGCCGAUGGAAUAUUGGGCAUGCGCAUUAGGUAAUCUGCUGACAGGUCAGGCUUUAGAAGUCUAUACUCGGAUGCCCACUGAAGACGCAAGCAAUUAUAGAGCUUUGAAAUCUACGCUGCUGCAGCAUUUUGCCUUAACAAGCGAGGGAUUUCGCCAACGAUUUCGGGAUGCGAAACGUGGCAGUUCUGAAACAUUUAAGCAAUACGCUGCUAGAUUAAGCAAUUACGCGAAGCGCUGGGUAGAGUUAAGCGGGAGAGAUGCAUCUUAUGAUACAUUACUUGAACUAUUGGUUAUGGAUCAAGUUCUUGAAAGUUGUGAUCGCUCAACUGCAGUUUUCAUUAGGGAGCGUAGCCCUAAAAGUUUAUCGGAAUUGAUUGAUAUUGCAGAGAAAUAUAGUGCAGCGCAUGGAACUACAUCACGUGGUUCCAGUAGGAACGCGCAGAGUGGUGAGAAGGCGCGUAAAAGUUUCAAUGGAAAUGAACGACAUGAAAAGAGUCAAAACACUAAAGGCCCUUGUUAUGCCUGUGGAAAGCAGGGACAUCUAGCGAACAAGUGUCCGGAUCGCAAGCGAGAUAUCAAGGGUAAGCAACCAGUCUCAUUUCAGUCAGGGGCGCGCAAGCAAAUUGUUGGUGCUUGUAUUGCUGGAUCUUGUCCGGGUUCUGACAUUAAGGAAUGUGGUUAUCAUAGUAUGGGUUUUAGUGAUCAAUCGCAGGCUGUAACCCUACAGUGUGGGCAUAAACUUCCGGUUAUUAGUGCUGGAUGCACGGUAGGUACUGAUAUGUCAGUAUAUAAAGGCAUGCUGGAUGGUAAGCCAGCAAGUGUACUGCGGGAUUCUGGAAGUAGUAUUGUGAUUGUCCGUUCUGGGUUAGUAGAUGAGGAAAACUUUACUGGUGAGAAACAGUUAUGCCUGCUCAUAGAUAGAACGGUAAGAUAUGUGCCAAUUGCAACAGUGGAGGUAAAAAGUCCUGUAUUUACAGGUAAGGUGAAUGCCCUUUGCAUGAAUAACCCACUCUAUGAUGUUAUAAUUGGUAAUAUUCCAGGAGCAAAGAAACUACAGGAUCACACUGAGGAACUGACUCUGGAGGCGGGCGAGAAGUUAGAAGUCAAUGAUAAUGGUCAACGCUAUGUUCCACCCGAGGAUGCUAACGAGUCGUCCACUGAUAUCAGCGCAGAGACGACGGAACCAGAUGUAGCCAUUCAGGGAGCAGGAGUAAAGACGCGUGGAAUGAGGCAAUGUGAGAAGGAGCCAUGGAGGCCAAUUGGAUCUGCAGGAGAGCCUGAGAUCACAGCUACUAGAAAGGACAUAAUCACCUCCCAGCAAGAAGACAAGUCUCUGGAGAAACUUCGGAAAAUUGCUGCCGACGGAGGUGAGGCUAAAACUGUUGGGAAAGGCAGUAAAGUGCGUUAUUUCUAUAAAAAUGGUCUCCUUCUUCGUGAAUAUCAGUCAUUCCCACAGGUCAACAGACAGGUGUACACCCAGUUGGUAGUUCCGAAGCCUUACAGAAACCAGGUUAUGCGGCUUGCUCACGACUCGGCGCUGGCAGGACAUCUCAAGGCGAAGAAGACUACUGAACGGAUAAUGUCCCAGUUCUACUGGCCGGGAUUACAAUCGGACGUCAGACGGUACUGUGCGUCAUGUGACCCUUGUCAACGCACUACUCCUAAAGGAAAGGUCGGUAAAGUACCUUUAGUUAUGCCACCCCUUAUUGAUACAUGUUUCAGGAGAAUAGCAGUAGAUUUGGUAGGUCCCCUUCAACCUAUAACAGAUCGAGGUAAUCGAUACAUCCUAACGAUUGUUGAUCUAGCUACGCGAUAUCCUGAAGCUGUAGCCCUGCCGAGUAUUGAGGCAGAGAGGGUAGCUGAGGCUCUAAUGGAAGUCUUUUCUAGGUUAGGAAUUCCAAACGAAAUUCUUUCUGAUAAUGGCACCCAGUUUGUGUCAGGAGUAAUGAGGGAAGUGUCACGCUUACUUGGGGUUAAGCAGUUUCACACAACCCCAUAUCACCCUAUGGCAAAUGGUGCCUGUGAAAGGUUCAACGGUACAUUGAAGCAAAUGCUUAGGAGAAUGUGCCAGGAAUGUCCGAAGGAUUGGGACAGGUAUUUACCAGCCCUCUUAUUUGCAUACCGCGAAGUCCCUCAUGAGAGUUUAGGGUAUUCACCCUUCGAGCUAAUGUAUGGAAGGGCAGUUAGGGGUCCUAUAACGAUCUUGAAGGAAUUAUGGUCCGAAGAAAUAGCGGAAGAGGAUGUGAAAUCUACUUACCAAUAUGUUCUUGACUUACAGGACAGACUGGAGAUGACUUGUAAAGUGGCAAAGGCUGAGCUUGAGAAGUCGUCGAGGAAAUACAAGAAGCAUUUCGAUGUGAAGGCUAGAGAGCGGAGAUUUGAGUGCGGCGAUCGAGUGCUGUUACUUCUCCCUACUAGUUCGAACAAGCUCUUGAUGCAGUGGAAGGGUCCGUUUGACGUAGUAAGCAAGGCUGCUCGCCACAACUAUGUGCUGCAGAUCGGCAAGAAGAGGAAGACAUUCCACGCUAACCUCAUGAAGCUGUAUGUAGAGAGAUUGCGGGACGAGCAAGUCGACGACCUCGAGGAGAAUAUCGAUAACGUUGAGGAUGUUCACCAUGAUGCCAAGGGGGAUGACGACAAUAUCGAUAACAAUGACCACGACGUUGAGGAAGAUGCACAUCAUGAUGGAGCAAAUUGA